AUGGCCGGCGCGCACGCCGUCGGCGUCAGCCACCUCUCGUCCUUCCAGGACCGCCUGAGCAGCUCACGGUCUGUGUCGACGCCGAUCACGGCCGCGUACAAGGCGGCGCUGGGCAAGGACGUGGAGGCCCAGAAGGCGGCGCAGAACACGACGAACCCGACAAAGGCGUUCAACAUCCGCGACAUGGAUGCCGGGUUUCGGAACGAGUCCGGCUUCGACGCCGCCGGCGUGGACACGACGGUGGUGGGUGUGCUCGACAACAGCUUCUACCUCGCCAAGAUGCAGAACAUGGUGCUGCUCAGGUCCGACUGGGAGCUGCUCAACGCGACCGACAUGCGACGAAAAGUCACUGUGCUCGGUGGCAGCGCUACCAAGUGGGAGAUGGAGUUCGCCGCCGCCGUGGUGAUGUGCAUCGGGUGGGCCGAUCUUGCCGUGGUGAUGUGCAUGGGUGGGCCGAUCUUUCAGUGA